AUGACAAAACCCAGAACUAUUAGCGACAGCGGCUGUCCGUCGGCGUCACUACCUCAAAAGUCCUCGCGUCUUGGUUCGUUUUCCGCUUUCGUCAAGAUACGACGCAAAGGCUCCGUCAAGGAAUCUUCAAUUCCAUCACCGCACAACAAAUCGCACGCGACACCAAGUGAGACCGACCUGACCGACAGUAAUACCCUGCGACAGAGCGACUCCGCCUCAUUCCACGAACCUGAGAGCCUUGUCCGCGAGCUGCAGUCCCUCGUCCAGCGCAUGCGCUCCGCUCCGUCGGCGCCGAGCCAAGUCGACCACGCCUACAAAGAAUUUCUGAAAAUAAAAGACCGAUGCUCCGCGCUAUGUCUCGCCAUCAUGCAAGAGGAGCUCAAGCCUCUACGUUCCUCGCCUAGCACCAAUGAAACGUUUUUGCGCCAAGACUUAGAUACCGAAGCACCGCGUAGUCCCGGGAUGCUCGACAACAGAAGCUCUUUCAGCGGCAAGAGCCUCGCUGAAGUUGUUUCAGCCAAUGGUGGCAAUCGCUCAGGGUUGCAGGGCGCUGACCUGUGGAUGGGCCCCAUUCGCGACUGGAAGGCCUGUGUGGAGGCGCUCAACGAAGCCUUUCGAACUAGCCUGGCGGAGACGUACAAGACUUACGAGAGGGACGCGACACAUGAGAUGAUUGAGACCCUUUUUAACAACAAGAGAUUUCGACGUGAUGCGGUAACUCGUAUGCGCAAUGCGUCCGUGACCAGAGUAUUGGCUCCUGAUCCGCAAUUCUUUCCCCGAUAUGAAAUCCGGUUCAGGAAUUACGAAAAGGCCAAGGAGGAGUUGAUCGCGGUUCGGCAAAUUGUCCAAGCCGUCGAAUCAGGCAUCUCACCAUCGCGAGAAAUUCGUGAAGUUACAAUUUCGGAGCAAGGAGACGCAAUCUUGGAAUUCGCAAAUACUACUGCCGGCUGCUCAACCGACGAUCCGGUGUUACGAUUCCGUGUUUCAUCACGAAUGCUGACAGAGACGUCGCCUAUCUUUGCGCGCAUGUUCUCCGGCCCCGCAAGCAGCGUACACCUGCACGAUGCUGAGGACAUCACGGCGCAACUCCCUCCGCAGCCCUCCAAGUAUUACUACAAGGGCGAGACAGAGACUUGGUUGUAUCGUAUGCCGCAGACAGAAGCGGACAAGCUGGACUCUUUGUCAAUCCUAUUGCACGCAGCGCACGUGAAUCACAAGCACGUACCGCGGGAUAUCAAUUUUGACCAGUUCGUGGCGAUUGCAGAAUCAUCAAUACGGUACAAGAGCACCUCACCUCUAGAACUGAUGGUUGAGCACAGGUGGCUGCCACAAUGGAUGCAUCGUGUUUCGGAUGACAUGUCUGACGGCCUUCUCAUCAUCAGCUACGCAUUUGGCUCGCGCGGCUUAUUCAGUAGACUGUCUAAGAGCGCCAUCUUACAUCUAAGAGAUGAAAGAGACCUACAAAGCAAACCGUGGCCACAAAAGAUCAAGGACAAAAUUUGGGCUGUGCGUUCCGCCAAGAUUGCGCAGCUGCAUGACUGUUGCACAGCGGCGUUGCAAGAAUACACAAAACCUCCGACAAGCGAGCCUGCACUAGCCGCGGAGCCGGAUGAGCCGCCUCCAACUAUCUGGGGAAGUCUGGGCAGUGUUACACCGCAGACCCCCACACUAGCUCUCACAACGACGACGAGAUGUCCUAAAGGAAGCCACUGGUGCGACGCGACGAAUCUUGGCUGGCUCUUGAUGGCUUUCAAUAACAUGAAUAUGCUGCCCAUCGUGGUGCAGUCCAAGGCUCUGGCAGGAGAGCUAGAAGUGCCGCUUUCGUCAAAAAGUUUGGCGCAAAUCGUGGAUCUGCUACGACUGCUGCCGAGUCCCCCAGCCCCGGUCCAUCGCGGCGGUGUCUGCGACCCAAUCCCGUCGUUUCGAACCGCAGUGGCCGACAUCUACAAUAGCGUCACCGGCUUGACCCUAUUUGACAUUAGCGGCAAGAGUCACGGCUGGGCGCUGUCCAAGCACGCCAUGUCGGAGCCCCAGUCGCAAGUCGCUACAGGGCUCGGCCGCAUGGCCGCGGCCGACGAUGGCUACACCGUUGCAACUGAGUUUCCGGAGAGCGUUCUGCUGCAGAUUCUUGGCGCAAUCACCGACAUUACGGACCUGCACGCCGCGGCACGCGUCAACCGCGCGUUCUAUGAAACGUACAAGACGUAUGAGUUGCUGCUGAUGCGCAACAUUCUGCGGGCGGGCUCGACGAUGCGGGCGGGCUCAGCGACGAACCACGUACAGCCACUGACUAUGAAUAAUGCCGAGGACAAGAUGCGGAAGUCAGAUUCGGAUUACCUCAAAGACCACAUGGCCAAUGACAGAACGCGCGGCUCCGUGACGCCAGACAGUGAAUAUGACGAGCGUACCGCCGAAUCAGACAGCGACCUCGAAAGCGAUGAAAUGCCCACGGUUGCCACCCCUGCGGAGCCUGCCUGCGACGAGGCCGACAGCGCGCCACCGCCGCUGCCGGCACCCUUGGAGGCCAGCAACAUGAUCGAGUCGGUCCUCUCUAAUCUGGCGUCGACGCGGCCGCGCGAACCCUCCGACGACGGAGACUUGUACGAAGCGCGCGAAGCGCCGAUGACCAUGGAGGAGGCGAGUCGAAUCCUGUGGUCUGACAAAUACGACGAGUCGGCGACGCCGAGAGCCGCCGCGCGAGACACCGAUCUGCGGGAAAAGUUCCUGCUCGACGACGGGCUGCUGACAAAGGGCCUCGAGAGUAAGACGCUGAUGCUGGUCAGUGAGAAGAGGCUCUCGGAAGAGACGGCCAAAUGA